AGUCGCGCAGGUGCGUGAGGCCGCGCCCGCCGGGGACCCUGCAGACGUGGACCCGCCAUGGAGCACAUCCGCACGCCCAAGGUUGAAAAUGUCCGGUUGGUUGAUCGAAUGUCUUCUAAAAAAGCAGCCCUUGGUACUUUGUAUCUGACAGCUACUCACGUCAUAUUUGUAGAAAAUGUACCUGAUGCAAGAAAAGAAACAUGGAUUCUUCACAGUCAGAUUUCCACCAUUGAAAAACAGGCAACAGCUGCUACUGGAUGUCCUCUUCUGAUUCGCUGCAAGAACUUUCAGAUCAUACAGCUCAUCAUACCACAAGAAAGAGAUUGCCAUGACGUGUACAUCUCUCUGACACGCCUUGCACGGCCAGUGAAAUAUGAGGAGUUAUACUGCUUUUCAUUCAACCCCAAGCUGGAUAAAGAAGAAAGAGAACAAGGUUGGAUGCAGAUCGAUCUCAGUGAAGAAUACAAGCGAAUGGGCCUCCCUAAUAAUUAUUGGCAGCUCAGUGAUGUGAAUAGAGACUAUAAAGUCUGUGACUCUUACCCGACUGAACUGUAUGUUCCCAAAUCAGCCACGGCACACAUCAUCGUAGGGAGUUCCAAAUUCCGGAGUAGACGGCGAUUUCCUGCCCUUUCUUACUACUAUAAAGAUAACCACGCCUCCAUCUGCCGGAGCAGCCAGCCCCUGUCCGGCUUUAGUGCACGGUGCCUGGAGGAUGAGCAGAUGCUCCAGGCCAUCAGGAAAGCCAAUCCAGGAAGUGACUUCAUUUACGUUGUGGACACUCGGCCUAAACUUAAUGCAAUGGCAAAUCGUGCUGCAGGGAAAGGCUAUGAGAAUGAAGACAAUUAUUCCAAUAUCAAGUUUCAGUUUAUCGGGAUAGAGAACAUCCAUGUCAUGAGGAACAGUCUGCAGAAAAUGCUGGAAGUAUGUGAACUCAAAUCUCCCUCUAUGAGUGAUUUCCUGUGGGGGCUGGAGAACUCUGGCUGGUUAAGGCACAUCAAGGCAAUCAUGGAUGCAGGAAUCUUCAUUGCAAAGGCAGUUUCAGAGGAAGGGGCAAGUGUGCUUGUCCACUGCUCUGAUGGCUGGGACAGGACUGCUCAAGUGUGCUCGGUGGCCAGCCUCCUGCUGGAUCCACACUACCGGACUCUGAAGGGCUUCAUGGUAUUAAUAGAAAAGGACUGGAUUUCCUUUGGCCAUAAGUUUAAUCACAGAUAUGGCAAUCUAGAUGGUGACCCAAAAGAAAUCUCCCCAGUAAUUGACCAGUUCAUUGAGUGUGUCUGGCAAUUAAUGGAACAAUUUCCCUGUGCCUUUGAGUUCAAUGAGAGGUUUCUGAUUCACAUUCAACAUCACAUUUAUUCUUGCCAGUUUGGAAACUUCCUAUGCAACAGUCAAAAGGAGAGACGAGAACUCAAUAUUCAAGAAAGAACAUACUCUUUAUGGGCUCAUCUGUUGAAGAAUCGGGCCGACUACCUGAAUCCUCUGUUUAGAGCAGAUCACAGUCAGUACCAGGGAUGCCUUCACCUCCCUGCAGCUCCAUGCAACUCCAUGUACAAGUUUUGGAGUGGAAUGUAUAACCGUUUUGAAAAGGGGAUGCAGCCCCGACAGUCCGUUACAGAUUACCUUAUGGCCGUGAAGGAGGAAUCCCAGCAGCUGGAGGAAGAACUGGAGGCCCUAGAAGAAAGGCUGGAAAAAAUUCAGAAGGUCCAGUUAAGUCACACUACAGUGAAGAGUAACAAGCAAAGUGAACCCAGCAAACACUCAGGGUUUUCUACCACAGACAACAGCACAGCCAACACUCCCCAGGAUUACAGUGGGAAUAUGAAAUCAUUUCCAUCCAGAAGCCCUUCACAGGGUGAUGAAGAUUCUGCUCUGAUUCUAACCCAAGACAAUCUGAAAAGCUCAGAUCCAGACUUGUCAGUGAACAGUGAUCAAGAGUCUGGGGUGGAGGAUUUAAGUUGUCGGUCUCCAAGUGGUGGUGAGCGUGCACCAAGCGAAGACAGUGGUAAGGACCGGGAUUCUGAUGAAGCUGUGUUUCUCACUGCCUGAAGUUUCCCUUUGGAGUUCCAAAGUGAAGGACACAUAAGAAACACUUCCAAAAAAAAGGGCAUGGUGCAAUUCUGAAUAAAAAUGAUUUAGGAAAUGGGACAUGUCAUCGAGAAUUGUAAAAUGUAGCUAUGAAAAUGGAAAAAAAAUGACCAACUCUUAGUGUAUUUAGAUGUUUAAGAACAGGAAGUAGCCACUUCUUUCAUCAAUAUAAGGAAAAUUAUUCAUCAUUUUGAAACUCAUUCUAGACUAUGAAAAUUGUAUUCACUGCAAAACAAUUAUUCUGUCAUCACUUGAGGUUACCAGUAUAAAUCUUCCUUGUCAUAGCAUGCAUCUCCUCACAAAGCCCCCUCUGACUCUCUUCCCUUAAACCUGUUAUGAUCUUGAAUGUCUCUUAUUUCACUUCCAGAUGCACAGUUUGUGUUUUCUAUCUUCUGACCCUAUUACCAUUAUUUCUAAAAAAUAGGGCACGUUGAUGAGAUAUAAGGAGCUUUGAAAUUGUUUAAACUUAUCUUUCAGGUAUAAUAAUCACUUUAACUUUUCCUUAGAUAAUAUAUUUUGAAUUGUUAAUAAUAAUUUUG